AUGACUAGUGCUGUGCCCUUGCAAGAAAUAAAAAACAUUUUGUUGGAAAUAAUCCACGAACUAGGGAGAGAAGAUAACGCGAUUGUCUUGAAUCAAUUCACUGACAGACGUGAUAAUGACGCCGUUGCACUGGCGCAGAAUGUAUUCCCUUUCAUUGCGAAGAUUGAGCAAGAUGUGAUUGGUCGGCAUGGAUUUACACCUAAUGAACGCGGACUAUUGGAAUUCGUACAUUGUGUACGUUUCUACGAAGAUCAAAAUGAGGAGAUAGCACGAAUGCAUAGCAGGAUCAGAUCUUAUUAUUUGCCACCUAUGAAAUUUUAA